UAGGCUGUGAGCGCUUUGCAGCAUCAAACGGCGUAUACAGGCUGCAGUUAUCGACGAGAGCUGCGCACUGGUGCCGCGCAGCACGCCUGUCGACGCACUGCCGUCCUACCCACUCGGGUGGGCCCCAAAGCUACACUGCACACUGCUGCUUGUAUCGCUCACGAGCACAAGAAACGAUGAGCGCCCUCGCCCAGCAAGCUCCCGUGGACGCGGCCGAGAUCUUCGCGAACGCGGUGCGAGCCAUAUUCUCAAGAUGGACGCUGCUGCGACUCGCGGUCGACCAGGGGUGGGCCGACGGCGACGAGGCCCAAAAGGCCGACGCGCUGGUCACACGUGUUCUGGAGAUGGUGGCUCCCUCGGUGAGACGGGUGCCCGACGAAUCGGAAAUCGCGGACGUCCUGCACGACGCGAUCGAAAGCACCUUCAACGCCCAGGCGGAAGAUGGUUCUGUGGAGGAGAUCUCGAGAACUAUUCUGAGGCUGCGGGCCGAGUGCAGUGCGGGGAACGUGGCGAACGCUUUGGUGUACGUGCAACAACAGGCGUCUUCACUGGACGCAAGUCAGGGCCGCGAGGACGAAGCGGGGGAGGCCGAGGAGGUCGUCGUCGCACCAGCCCCCGCGCCGCUGCCCAUCAUCGACGAGGACGGCUUCGAGACGGUGCAACGGCGACGGAACCCGCGACGGGCCUGCGCACCCUAAAAGUAGCUCAUAGUUA